CUCUUAUGCAACUCAGUGCUGGGUUUUGUAAACAUAUUCUCCUUAAAGGGACUCCAGAGUAAAACCCGUUCGAUUUCGCCAGUUCUUUGUUUAACCAAAGUGUGUGGAAAAUGAGUUGGUUGUGUAAGGUUUUCCUUCUAUUCCUCUCACUGGUGUGGGUGAGUUCAGCUCAUCCUAAUAACCUAAAAACGUCGCUCGUCAAAUCAGGACCUCCUGACGAGUCUGAAUCAAACAGCGUUCUUCAUUUUGAGGUGGAACUAACCAUGGAAAUUGGAGAGCUGGAGCCCAGUCACUUCCCAGCGCGGCGGGCUGCUCAGGUGGCCCUGCACUAUCUCAACACUGUGCAUGGCUCUCCUUUCAAAGCCUUUGGACUGCACAAAAUCCUUAAGGCCAGUCUGAAGGACAUGUCAGAAGCAGGGAACAAAUACCAUGUGGAAUUCUCAGUGAAGGAAAUGUUCAGCAGUAGGACUGUGGAGUCCUGCUCGGCCGAGGUGCUCUUCCCUAAGGGAGAGGAGCAGAAAUUGCCUGAGGUUCAGAUUUCCUGUGAUGGGAUGAACCAGAUCGAAACCAAUGCCGAGGAAGAGAAGUUUUUCCAGCACUACAAAAGUUCUGCAGAACCAGUGAACGCACAUCAUUUACCAGAUAGCUAUGGCAACAUUGCUAAAGAAAUGAAGCCUUUCUGGAACUUGGGCCGUGUAGUUUCUAGUUUUGUUAUGCUGAAGGAGUCCAAUGAGAGCACUCUGUACAACAUGGCUCAAGUGGAAAACGUCACUCAGCUGGAGACCCAGGAUGACCAGCUCAGGCUCCAGUACUACAUAAUACUGCAUGAAAUGGUCUCCCAGGAGAUGAUUCACUGGAAGUUGCUGGUAUCCUGGUCUCCAGCAGGGGGUGUAAAAGUGCUUGAGACAGAGUUCGUGCCAAAAUGCCAUCACUGUCACACACAGCCCACCCAUAGUGUAACACCUACACCACCCACUAACAACUGAGCCCUUGCAAACACACACAGCACAUACACACUAAUUCCAAUAUAGUGUGCACAGGUCAUCACUUUGUAAAUACUAGGUUACCCUGAUAGAGUGCUGACAGUUC